GACAUUUAGGGAAGGCAGAAAGUAGGUCAGGGACGGAGGUGCCUGUUUACCCGCGCCGGACUCACCGCCGCCGCCGCCGCGGGAUCCGAGUGGGGGCGCGGACGCGGGCGCUCCCGCGAGCCACGGUGGUGCUGGCUGGAGUGCACACUUUUGGACUCAAACUUAAGUCUUCAAAUGUGGACUCCUAGAUCUUCACUGGUUUCUAGAAGACGUUGACUGCCUGAAAGGAAACGACAAACCAUGAAAAUCGCUCUGAGGUGACCCAUCAGUCCAGUGGCCCCUUGCUCCUCCCAAGGUGGAUCUGAGCUUCAAGAACUCUAACUUCAGAUGAAGGAACUUGGGCCCAGAGAGAGGGAGUGACAGCCCCAGUCACGUGGUGUGGACCUGGGACCCCGUCCGUGGGCAGAGCGUGGCCCUCUUCCACUUGGUUUGGAGUCGAAGUCCCUUGCAAGUUCCAGACCUCCAAUGGCUGACCAGAGAAUGGACAUUUCUUCGACAAUCAGUGACUUCAUGUCCCCGGGCCCCACCGACCUGCUUUCCAGCCCCCUCGGCUCCAGUGGCAUGGAUUGUAACCGCAAACGGAAAGGCAGCUCUACCGACUACCAAGAGAGCAUGGACACAGACAAAGAUGACCCUCACGGAAGGUUAGAAUACACAGAGCACCAAGGAAGGAUCAAAAAUGCAAGGGAAGCCCACAGUCAGAUCGAAAAGCGGCGUCGGGAUAAAAUGAACAGUUUCAUUGACGAACUGGCUUCUUUGGUGCCCACGUGCAAUGCCAUGUCCAGGAAGUUAGAUAAACUUACUGUGCUGAGGAUGGCCGUUCAGCACAUGAAAACAUUACGAGGUGCCACCAACCCAUAUACAGAAGCAAACUACAAACCAACUUUUCUGUCAGAUGAUGAAUUGAAACACCUCAUUCUCAGGGCAGCAGAUGGAUUUUUGUUUGUCGUAGGAUGUGACCGAGGGAAGAUCCUCUUUGUCUCCGAGUCUGUCUUCAAGAUCCUCAACUACAGCCAGAAUGAUCUGAUCGGUCAGAGUUUGUUUGACUACCUGCACCCUAAAGAUAUCGCCAAAGUGAAGGAGCAGCUCUCGUCCUCGGACACGGCGCCCCGGGAGCGGCUCAUAGAUGCAAAAACUGGACUUCCAGUUAAAACAGAUAUAACCCCUGGGCCAUCUCGAUUAUGUUCUGGAGCACGACGUUCUUUCUUCUGUAGGAUGAAGUGUAACAGGCCUUCAGUAAAGGUGGAAGACAAGGAUUUCCCCUCAACCUGCUCAAAGAAAAAAGCAGAUCGAAAGAGCUUCUGCACCAUCCACAGCACAGGGUACCUGAAGAGUUGGCCGCCCACAAAGAUGGGGCUGGACGAGGACGGCGAACCCGACAACGAGGGCUGUAACCUCAGCUGCCUGGUCGCCAUCGGACGCCUGCAUUCGCAUGUGGUCCCGCAGCCAGCGAACGGGGAGAUCAGAGUGAAGUCCAUGGAGUACGUGUCCCGGCACGCCAUAGACGGGAAGUUUGUUUUUGUAGACCAGAGGGCAACAGCUAUUUUGGCAUAUUUACCACAAGAACUUCUAGGCACAUCAUGUUACGAAUAUUUCCACCAAGAUGACAUAGGACACCUCGCAGAAUGUCAUAGGCAAGUUUUACAGACGAGAGAAAAGAUUACGACGAAUUGCUACAAGUUUAAAAUCAAAGAUGGUUCUUUCAUCACACUGCGGAGUCGAUGGUUCAGUUUCAUGAACCCUUGGACCAAGGAAGUAGAAUACAUUGUCUCAACCAACACUGUUGUUUUAGCCAACGUCCUGGAAGGCGGGGACCCAACCUUCCCGCAGCUCACAGCGUCCCCCCACAGCAUGGACAGCAUGCUGCCCUCUGGAGAAGGUGGCCCAAAGAGGACCCACCCCACUGUUCCAGGGAUUCCAGGGGGAACCAGGGCUGGGGCAGGCAAAAUAGGUCGAAUGAUUGCUGAAGAAAUCAUGGAGAUCCACAGAAUAAGAGGGUCAUCACCUUCCAGUUGUGGCUCCAGCCCAUUAAAUAUCACAAGUACACCUCCCCCUGAUGCCUCUUCUCCAGGAGGCAAGAAGAUUUUAAAUGGAGGGACCCCAGACAUUCCUUCCAGUGGCCUACUACCAGGGCAGGCUCAGGAAAACCCGGGCUAUCCAUAUUCUGAUAGUUCCUCUAUUCUUGGUGAGAACCCUCACAUAGGCAUAGACAUGAUAGAAAACGACCAAGGCUCAAGUAGUCCCAGUAAUGAUGAAGCAGCAAUGGCUGUCAUAAUGAGUCUCUUGGAAGCAGAUGCUGGGCUGGGUGGUCCUGUUGACUUUAGUGACUUGCCGUGGCCACUGUAAACACUACAUGUUGCUUUGGCAACAGCUACAGUAUCAAAGUGCAUUACUGGUGGAGUUUUACAGUCUGUGAAGCUUACUGGAUAAAAAGAACAGCUUUUAUGUACUGUCCUCAUAAAAGCCAUCUCAGAGCCAUUGAUACAAGUCAAUCUUACUAGUGUAACUUCAGACAAAGUGGAACUAAGCCUGCUCCAGUGUUUCCUCAUCAUUGAUUAUUGGGCUAGCUGUGGAUAGCUUGCAUUAAUUGUAUAUUUUGGAUUCUGUUUGUGUUGAAUUUUUUAAUCAUCGUGCACAGAAGCAUCAUUGGUAGCUUUUAUAUGCAAAUGGUCAUUUCAGAUGUAUGGUGUUUUUACACUACAAAGAAGUCCCCCAUGUGGAUAUUUCUUAUACUAAUUGUAUCAUAAAGCCGUUUAUUCUUCCUUGUAAGAAUCCUUUCCUAUAAAUAUGGGUUAAAGUAUAAUGUAUUAGACAGUUAAAUAUUUUUAAUAAAUGUUUCCCUUGUUCUAUAAA